CAUCUUAAGUUUUGAUAAUAAAAAUAACUUUAUGGCUGAUUUUCAAGAACAAUUGAGAAAUUAUCGUCAGCAAAAACAAAAGGAGGCAUUGUUGAGCAGCUUCAAAUUGAAACUUAAACGAUUUUUGAUGCUGGGCACUGGCGUGGACCCAACUCAGGGAAAAUGUCAAACCACAAUUGAAGUUAAGCCAGCCCCAGAUAAAUCUGACAUUAAUGAUACACCUGAGGAAUAUGCGUCUUCAGAUGACGAAAUUGAAGCGUCCCAUAGAGUCGUCAAUGCCAGCGAAGGCCAAGAUAAUAAGUGUUUAAAAUAUACUCUUUGGACGGUCUACUUCUUGUUUUGGGUGACGUUGUAUGUGAUAGCAAUAGAGCUGAAAUUUGGUCUGGUGUUUUUGAUGUUCUCCGCAUUACUUGGAAUAUAUUUCAAUACCAGAACUGGCCCAAAGGACCCCAAUGAAAUAAGUGCUUAUAGCAUAUUUAAUAAAAACUGUGAAAGUAUAGACGGCACCUUAAAGGCAGAGCAAUUCGAGCGAGAAAUUCGCUACGGCUCAGGCAGCGUGAGAUAAGUGCAAUUAAUAAAUAUUGAAGUAUAUGUAAAAUAGUUGGCAUAAACUCGUGAUUGGAGUUUUUUCCCCAAGA